AUGAUCGUCCCAUUCGUAGAACGGCUCAGUACAGUCGGUCUUAAAGAGACAGACAUUUCAAUGACGAAUAUUUACGGCUACAUCGCCUUGUUUGACUCGCUGAAAAUGUUCGCGACCGCUGGACGACGUGUACUGAAUCGAACGGGACAAUUCUCAGCGCUCAGCGAUGGUAAACUGAUGUGGGACACCAUGAGAAGGAUUACAAUUCCAGGAAUGGUCUCAACCUCCGGCGUGGGCAGUGGAACGGUUAUGUUGGACGACCUUGCCGAGAGAGUUCCUUUCUAUUCAGCGUUUUUUGUCGACAAGGACAGAGAUCAGAACGUCACCGAAGUGCUAACGUCCUUCUGGCCAUCAAUCGACGGCAAUCUACCCAUCGAUGAGCCUACAUGUGGAUUCAGAGGAGAGAAAUGCGACUACACAUUGAUCAUCGUGGCUGCUUCAGCUGUUAUCUGCUUCCUUCUAACAAUUGUUGGAGCUUGGGCUCUGAGACGAUAUUGUGAGACAAAGGCACUGGAUCGUAUGUCAUGGAGAAUAUUCCGCGAUGAUAUGCAGAUCGUGGAUGAGGAGCAAGUGAAAUCGAUGCUCUCGUUGGGUUCACAGAGGACAAAAUUGUCGAACACAAACAUAUCGGCUCUGCAACACCACGCCAUCAUAGGAGUGAACACCCACGCCACAUACCAUAUGUACGAGCAACGACGACCGAUCAAGUUCAACCGCUCUGAUCUCACACUCUCGUAG